AUGGAUGCAUUCCAAGUCAAAAUUCCUGCUCUACCUCUAUUCCAUGUGCCCGGCCAGAUGGGGAAUUUGGCAGGCUACAGACCACAGGGGAUAUCUUCUAGAUCUCACCCCAAUGAAACUUACGUGCCUGCAAUCUCAAUUCCAUCACGAGGUCAUCCCAAGCGCAAAGCUGCAGAGGACCAAGAUUCACCAAUGAAAAAAAUCUGUGAGAAUUCAGGCAGAGCUGCUGUUAUUGCCAACCAUUGGGUAGAGUCAAUUGGAAGCCCACCGGAACCACUCUCACCAUCAAAACGGCAUAACAGAGAUGACUGUGCCAGAAGCCACCACUCGUUCAAUCCCGCUGAGUCCAAAUGGACGGCAUCCAGUCCUUCCCAAACACCAAUGGAGAUUGAUAAACACCGAAGCACCUCAAGGUGCCCUACAUGUUACAGCUCUACCUUUGAGCAAUUAAACCUGAGGGAUGGUCAGCCCAGGCCCAAGCCGCUGGUGACAGUGGAACUUAUACUGUCGAUACUAAGAUCGCAGAACAUCACCCUUGGCAAGUUUCUCAUUACACUGUUUGGGGAUACCACACACUUAAGUAUAUCAGCAAAAGAGAUGCUCAAGUGGUUUAUAGGGGGACGUACCUUGAAGAACCACCCGGUUGAUAUUGUCCAUGCAUUAUACAGUCAUCCAUGGGCCCGGCCCCAGCAAUUGUAUGAAUCCACCUAUGACACACUGCCAGAAUAUGUCGUUCCAAUGAUGGGUUCUCAGCCAGGCACUCAGUCACACAGCAAAAACAUGUACAGCAAGUUACAGGAGUACUUUGUUGCACACAUUGUUGACCGGAUGGAGACAGAAGUCAGGGCUCUACUCAAAAGCCCUUAUUUGCGCACAAGGGACACAGCGACGACCCGAUUUAGCUGGGAUACAGUCCUGGACUUCUCUGUUGACACAGUCCAGAAGAUGGCCAUCAGUGUUGCACCUGUGACCUGGAUGUUGUUGACAUGGGUUGCCAUUGGUGGGGAGAGAGCAGAGCAGCUAAAAGAACGGAAAUUAAGUGACUCUGGGAAGGGGCAAGGGGUGAAUCAUGUACGAGAUCCCUAUUCAUACUUGCCAAUAACUAAUGAUCGUGUAAGGGAUGUGCCGUUGUGCUGA